CCAACUUUUCUCAACCAACUACAAUCUGGAGUUAACCGCUGGAUUAGAGAAAUCCAAAAGGUGACCAAAUUAGAUCGGGAUCCUGCAUCAGGUACCGCUUUGCAAGAAAUCAGCUUCUGGCUGAAUUUGGAACGUGCUCUUUACCGUAUUCAGGAGAAGCGUGAAAGCCCUGAAGUUCUAUUAACAUUAGAUAUUUUGAAACAUGGCAAACGCUUCCAUGCUACUGUUAGUUUUGAUACAGACACAGGUCUGAAACAGGCAUUGGAGACAGUUAAUGAUUAUAAUCCAUUAAUGAAAGACUUCCCUCUAAAUGAUUUGUUGUCUGCAACUGAAUUGGAUAAAAUACGACAGGCAUUGGUGGCAAUAUUCACUCACCUGAGAAAAAUCAGAAACACAAAAUAUCCUAUUCAAAGAGCUCUGCGCUUAGUGGAAGCCAUUUCAAGAGACUUAAGUUCCCAGUUACUCAAAGUUUUGGGCACACGAAAAUUGAUGCAUGUUGCCUAUGAAGAAUUUGAGAAGGUCAUGGUUGCGUGCUUUGAAGUCUUCCAAUCUUGGGAUGAUGAAUAUGAGAAGCUGCAGGUCCUACUAAGAGACAUUGUGAAAAGAAAGCGCGAAGAGAAUCUGAAGAUGGUAUGGCGUAUCAAUCCUGCUCACAGAAAGCUGCAGGCUCGUCUUGAUCAAAUGAGGAAGUUUCGGAGACAGCAUGAACAACUAAGAGCAGUCAUUGUCAGAGUCCUAAGGCCUCAGGUUACUGCUGUGGCCCAGCAAAAUCAGGGAGAUGUACCUGAGCCUCAAGAUAUGAAAGUAGCAGAAGUGUUGUUUGACGCCGCUGAUGCUAAUGCAAUUGAGGAAGUAAAUCUUGCCUAUGAGAACGUUAAAGAAGUAGAUGGCUUGGAUGUUUCCAAAGAAGGUACAGAAGCCUGGGAAGCUGCAAUGAAGCGAUAUGAUGAAAGAAUUGAUAGAGUUGAAACCCGCAUUACUGCUCGCCUGAGGGAUCAGCUUGGCACAGCAAAAAAUGCCAAUGAAAUGUUCAGAAUCUUCUCCAGAUUUAAUGCUCUGUUUGUUCGGCCACAUAUUAGAGGUGCUAUCCGUGAAUACCAAACACAGUUAAUCCAACGUGUGAAAGAUGAUAUAGAAUCACUUCAUGACAAAUUCAAAGUUCAGUAUCCUCAAAGUCAGGCUUGCAAAAUGAGUCAUGUUCGAGAUUUGCCUCCAGUAGCAGGGUCUAUAAUCUGGGCUAAACAGAUCGACAGGCAACUUACAGCUUAUAUGAAGCGCGUUGAAGAUGUUCUUGGGAAGGGUUGGGAGAACCAUGUAGAAGGACAGAAGCUAAAGCAAGAUGGAGACAGUUUCCGUAUGAAGCUCAACACUCAAGAAAUAUUUGAUGAUUGGGCUCGGAAGGUUCAGCAACGAAAUCUUGGUGUCUCUGGUCGCAUUUUUACCAUUGAGAGUACUCGUGUGAGAGGCAGAACAGGAAAUGUCCUCAAGCUAAAGGUUAACUUCCUCCCAGAAAUAAUUACACUAUCAAAAGAAGUCCGUAACCUCAAGUGGCUUGGAUUUCGGGUUCCCCUUGCAAUAGUCAACAAAGCUCACCAAGCCAAUCAGCUCUAUCCUUUUGCCAUCUCUUUGAUUGAAAGUGUUCGCACAUACGAACGUACUUGUGAAAAAGUAGAAGAACGAAAUACAAUUUCUCUCUUGGUUGCGGGUCUUAAAAAAGAAGUUCAGGCUUUGAUUGCAGAGGGCAUUGCACUGGUGUGGGAAUCUUACAAACUUGAUCCUUAUGUCCAGCGAUUGGCAGAGACAGUCUUCAACUUUCAGGAAAAGGUGGAUGACUUGCUUAUCAUUGAAGAGAAAAUAGACCUGGAAGUCAGAUCCUUGGAAACAUGCAUGUAUGAUCAUAAAACAUUCUCUGAAAUUUUAAACAGAGUUCAGAAGGCUGUGGAUGAUUUGAAUCUUCAUUCAUAUUCAAAUUUACCAAUCUGGGUGAAUAAGUUAGAUAUGGAGAUUGAGAGAAUACUAGGAGUUCGUCUGCAAGCAGGGUUGAGAGCAUGGACACAAGUCCUUCUUGGUCAAGCUGAUGACAAAGCAGAAGUAGAUAUGGAUACAGAUGCUCCACAAGUCAGUCAUAAACCAGGAGGAGAGCCCAAAAUCAAAAAUGUUGUACAUGAACUACGAAUAACCAAUCAAGUGAUAUAUUUGAAUCCACCAAUUGAAGACUGCAGAUACAAACUCUUCCAAGAAUUGUUUGCUUGGAAGACAAUAAUACUCUCACUUCCUAGAAUCCAAAGUCAGAGAUACCAGGUUGGUGUACACUAUGAAUUAUCAGAAGAAGAAAAGUUUUAUCGUAAUGCUUUGACACGGAUGCCAGAUGGUCCUUCAGCUCUAGAGGAGGCUUAUUCUGCUGUUAAGGGGAUUGUAACUGAGGUGGAACAAUAUGUUAAGGUUUGGCUGCAGUACCAGUGUUUAUGGGACAUGCAAGCUGAAAAUAUCUAUAACCGACUUGGAGAAGACUUAAACAAGUGGCAAGCACUGUUGGUUCAAAUCAGAAAAGCCAGAGGAACCUUUGACAAUGCAGAAACUAGGAAGGAAUUUGGGCCUGUUAUCAUAGAUUAUGGAAAGGUUCAAUCCAAAGUGAACUUGAAGUAUGACUCCUGGCAUAAAGAAGUUCUCAGCAAAUUUGGUCAAAUGCUGGGCCAAAACAUGACAGAAUUCCAUUCUCAGAUUUCCAAGUCACGUCAAGAAUUGGAGCAACACUCCGUGGAUACAGCUAGCACAUCUGAUGCUGUCACAUUUAUCACAUAUGUGCAGUCACUGAAACGCAAAAUCAAGCAGUUUGAGAAACAAGUUGAGCUAUACCGUAAUGGCCAACGCUUGCUUGAGAAGCAGAGAUUCCAGUUUCCUUCAUCCUGGUUGUAUAUUGACAACAUUGAAGGAGAAUGGGGUGCUUUCAAUGAUAUUAUGCGAAGAAAAGAUUCUGCCAUUCAGCAACAAGUAGCAAACUUGCAGAUGAAAAUUGUUCAAGAAGAUCGAGCUGUAGAAACCCGCACAGUGGACUUAUUGACAGACUGGGAGAAAACAAAGCCUGUAACAGGCAACCUACGUCCAGAGGAGGCUCUCCAAGCACUUACCAUCUAUGAAGGAAAAUUUGGAAGGUUGAAAGAUGACCGUGAAAAAUGCGCAAAGGCCAAAGAAGCUCUGGAGCUAACAGAUACAGGACUUCUCAGUGGCAGUGAAGAACGUGUCCAAGUUGCCUUAGAAGAGCUACAGGAUCUUAAAGGAGUCUGGUCUGAGCUUUCAAAAGUUUGGGAACAGAUUGAUCAAAUGAAAGAACAGCCUUGGGUUUCUGUACAACCCAGAAAGCUUCGACAAAGUUUAGAUGGCUUAUUGAACCAGCUGAAAAAUUUUCCUGCUCGGCUACGUCAGUAUGCAUCCUAUGAAUAUGUUCAGAGACUUCUGAAGGGUUACAUGAAGAUAAAUAUGUUGGUGAUUGAGCUAAAGUCAGAAGCUCUUAAAGAUCGUCACUGGAAACAACUGAUGAAGAGGCUACAUGUCAAUUGGGUAGUUUCUGAACUAACUCUGGGGCAGAUUUGGGAUGUUGACUUGCAGAAGAAUGAAUUGAUUGUGAAGGAUGUGCUACUUGUGGCACAAGGAGAGAUGGCACUGGAAGAAUUCUUGAAACAGAUACGUGAAGUAUGGAAUACCUAUGAGUUGGACUUGGUUAACUAUCAAAACAAAUGCCGUUUGAUUCGUGGUUGGGAUGACCUCUUCAACAAGGUCAAAGAGCACAUCAACAGUGUGUCUGCAAUGAAGCUUUCUCCAUACUACAAGGUAUUUGAAGAAGAUGCUCUUAGCUGGGAAGACAAACUGAAUCGAAUUAUGGCACUGUUUGAUGUCUGGAUUGAUGUCCAGAGGCGAUGGGUUUACUUGGAAGGAAUCUUCACAGGUAGUGCUGAUAUCAAACAUCUGCUGCCAGUUGAAACCCAGAGGUUCCAAAGCAUCAGCACAGAAUUUCUGGCUCUCAUGAAAAAGGUAUCAAAAUCUCCCUUGGUGAUGGAUGUUCUGAAUAUUCAGGGGGUACAGAGAUCCCUGGAAAGAUUAGCAGAUUUGCUUGGAAAGAUCCAAAAAGCUUUGGGAGAAUAUCUGGAGAGAGAGAGAGCUUCUUUCCCUCGGUUCUAUUUUGUUGGGGAUGAAGAUUUGCUUGAAAUCAUUGGAAACAGCAAAAAUGUAGCCAAACUGCAGAAACAUUUCAAGAAGAUGUUUGCUGGUGUGUCGAGCAUUAUCCUCAAUGAAGACAGCUCUGUUGUUCUGGGAAUAUCAUCACGUGAGGGAGAAGAGGUGAUAUUCAAAACUCCUGUGUCAAUCACUGAGCAUCCCAAGAUCAAUGAGUGGCUUACACUUGUGGAAAAAGAAAUGAGGGUAACACUUGCCAAACUCCUUGCCGAGUCUGAAACAGAAAUUGAGAUCUUUGGCAAAGCAACUUCAAUUGAUCCAGCUACCUACAUCUCAUGGAUUGACAAAUAUCAGGCCCAGCUUGUUGUCCUUUCAGCUCAGAUUGCCUGGUCAGAAAAUGUGGAGUCUGCUUUGAACAGCAUAGGCGGAGGUGGUGAUAGUACACCUCUGCAAUCUGUGCUAACCAAUGUCGAAGCAACGCUGAAUGUGCUUGCAGAUUCUGUAUUGAUGGAGCAGCCUCCUCUCCGCAGAAGA